GCAGCGCACAUGUCGAGGACCACGAUUAUUGUCUCAGUGCAGUUGUCAGGUGCAGCACAGGCGUGGACCAGCAUUUCUUCACAUCUAACUCAAUCGAUCAAGUCAGGAACAACCAAAAAGCUAAAAACUACAGAAUGUCACUCACCAACAAGAAUGUCAUUUUCGUGGCCGGUCUGGGCGGCAUUGGCCUGGACACCAGCCGGGAGUUGGUUAAGCGUGAUCUGAAGAACCUGGUCAUCCUGGAUCGCAUUGACAAUCCGGCUGCCAUUGCCGAGCUGAAGGCAAUCAAUCCCAAGGUGACCGUCACCUUCUAUCCCUACGAUGUGACCGUGCCCAUCAGUGAGACGACCAAACUGCUGAAGACCAUCUUUGCCCAGCUGAAGACCGUCGAUAUCCUGAUCAACGGUGCCGGCAUCCUGGAUGAUUACCAGAUUGAGCGCACCAUUGCCGUCAACUACACGGGUCUGGUCAACACCACCACAGCCAUUCUGGACUUCUGGGACAAGCGCAAGGGCGGCCCAGGCGGCAUCAUUUGCAACAUUGGCUCCGUCACCGGUUUCAAUGCCAUCUACCAGGUGCCCGUUUACUCUGGCAGCAAGGCCGCCGUCGUGAACUUCACCAGCUCCCUGGCGAAACUUGCACCCAUCACUGGUGUGACCGCUUACACUGUCAAUCCUGGCAUUACCAAGACCACGCUGGUCCACAAAUUCAACUCGUGGCUGGAUGUGGAGCCCAAUGUAGCCGAGAAGCUGCUGGAGCAUCCCACCCAGACAUCUCAGCAGUGUGCCGAGAACUUUGUGAAGGCCAUUGAGCUGAACAAGAAUGGUGCCAUCUGGAAGCUGGAUUUGGGCACUCUGGAGCCGAUCACAUGGACCCAGCACUGGGAUUCGGGCAUCUAAACAGGAUACCCCCCAGUCCCCACACCCCACACUGCACACCCAUGCAAUGGGCCAUGGCGUUUUAGCUUUUAGCUUCGUUUUUUCCACUCAAUUUGUUACGUAUAUACAUAUAUUAUGGCAAUAAGGCUGAUUUGAUUCUCUUUAAAUGGAACCCCCCUCCACCCGUUUUGAAUAUGAUAAUAAAAAAUUAUAUUUGAGAAA